AUGGUACAGACUAAAGCAGACAGUGCAGGAACACCCACCGGCAGCUACAGGAAAGCUGUUACUGCUAGAGCACCACAAAAGUAUUUUGACACAAGUUCUUCUUCCUCCAACCAUUCAACCUCUCUAACUAGUGAAAAAUCUGAAGGUAAGUAUCCUGGAGGUAAUCGUCUAUGUGUUCAACCUACUCCAAAAUGGCAGAAAGGUAUAGGAUCUCCAUCUUCUAGUAAUGUUGAAAAAGAGAACCGUGUGCCUUCUGACAAUGAGGAAGAAGCAGGAGGCAGUGGAAUUGGUAAAGCACCAAAGAAAUCGUGUCCAUUGGUUGAUGAUGUUUCAGAUGAAGACUGA